AUGACUAUUAAUCACAAGUCAACCGACAAUAAUCAUACUACAGCACAAGAUGAUGAUGAUCGACCAGGUCAUCAUCAUCACCACCAUCACCAUCAUUCAGGACAUGAUCCAAUUAUAUUCAAACUAGGUAAUCUCGUCACAUUCAAAUUAUCCCAACUCAAGUACUUCACAUUCACAAUGAUUGGUAUUGCAUUAUUAUGGCCUUGGAAUUGUUUCUUAUCAGCAUCAGAAUAUUAUGCGGAAAGAUUUUUAAAUACGCCAUCAUUAAUAAAAGUAUAUAGUUCAACAAUGAUGUCAGUAUCUACAAUUACUUCAAUGGUUUAUAAUUUCUAUUUAUCACAAACUCAAAGUAAUGUUAAUUAUAAUUAUAGAGUAAAUACGGGAUUAUCUAUAACAAUUGGUAUUUUCCUUAUAAUGGCAUUUUCAUGUAUUUCUGAUUGGUUUAUCAAGAUGAAUGAUACGGCGUUUUUCACAAUAUUAAUGUUUAUGGUAUUAUUAUCCGCUAUGGCUACUUGCUUAGCUCAGAAUGGUACUAUGGCUAUUGUUAAUGUUAUGGGUGGGAUUUAUGCUAAUGCAGUUAUGGUUGGACAAGCCGUUGCUGGAGUAUUACCUGCUACUGCAUUAAUUAUUUCAGUAUUAACAUUAGGUGAUAAAACAGUUACUCCUCAAGAAUAUAUUGAAAAGAAUUUUGGUGUCUUUGCAUAUUAUAUUACCGCAAGUUUGGUUUCAAUUUGUUCAAUAUUGUUAUUAUAUUGGACUUCUUAUCAUAAAAAUGAAAUUGCAUAUGAAACUUUAAAUAGAUUAAUGGAAGAGGGAAGUGCUCAGGCUGAGGCUGAAGAAAGUGAAAGUAUUGAUGAUGAUGAAUAUAUUGAACCAAUUCAUAAACAAAAGAAAUACGUUUCAUUUGCAUUAUUAUGGUCAAAAUUAAAUUAUAUUGUAAUGACAAUCUUUUUAACAUUUUCAAUCACAUUAAUAUUCCCAGUAUUUGCAGCUACAGUUGAAUCAACUCAUACUAAUUCUAAUUUCAAAUUAUUCCACAAAAGCAUCUUUAUUCCAUUUAUUUAUUUAGUAUGGAAUAUGGGGGAUUUAUUAGGUAGAAUAUUAUGUGGAUAUCCAACCCUAAAAAUGUUAAUUAAAGACCCAAAAGUAUUAAUAGUAUAUUCAAUAUCAAGAUUAAUAUUCAUUCCAUUGUUUCUUACAUGUAACGUCCAUCCCAAGAAUGCAAGAGCAUUAAUUAAUUCUGAUUUAUGGUAUAUUACUUUGCAAUUCUUAUUUGGCUUGUCAAAUGGACAAUUAUGUACUUCUAGUUUUAUGAUUAUUGGAGAGUAUUGUGAUAAUGAUGAUGAAAAGGAAGCCGCUGGUGGGUUUUCGGUUGUCUUUUUGAGUGUUGGUUUAGCAUUUGGAAGUAUAUUUAGUUAUUUAUUAGUAUUAUUCAUUGCAUAA